GUGAGAGGUCAGAUGGCGGUGUCCUCCGUGCUUUCCUUCAAAGAGUGUAACCCCUGGCAGGGGCUCCUGCUCAUGGCCUCCCUUUUAACCUGCUGGCACCUGUCUACCACUACCUACGUCACCAUUAAAACAGUGCCAUACCAUGUGUUUGAAGGAGACGACGUCCUUCUCCUCACUAAGAAUCUGCCAGACAAUCUUCUAGCCUUUGUAUGGUUCAAAGGGAUGGCAGACAUGAACCAUGCAAUUGUACUGUAUGCAGUGAACACUAAAGGAACUGUGAAGGGACGCGCACACAGCGGUAGAGAGACCAUCUACAGUGAUGGAUCUCUGCAGAUCCACAGUGUCACCUUGGAGGAUACAGGAUUCUACACUCUACAAACCUUUAAUAAACAAACAGAAAUUGUAUCAACAUCAACCGUAUACCUCCAUGUGUACACUUCCCUUUUGACAUGUGGACGCCCUCCCACCUCUGCUCAGCCCACCAUUGAAUUAGUGCCUCCCAAUGUUGCUAAAGGAGGAAGCGUUCUUCUACGUGUUCACAACCUCCCAGAGAAGCUUCAAGCUCUUUUCUGGUACAAGGGGGUAGCUGUGUUCAAGAGCCAAGAGGUUUCUCGGUACAUAAUAGCCAAGAAUGCAAGUGUGGAUGGACCUGCACACAGCGGUAGAGAGACCAUGUACAGCAAUGGAUCCUUGCUGAUCCACAAUGUUACCGGGAAGGACACUGGAUUCUAUACCCUACAAACUCUGAGCACAGAUGUGAAAGAAGAAGUGGUGCAUGUACAACUCCUGGUGGGUGACUACAUUCACCCUUCAAGUGCUGGCCACCUCAUUAUUGAACCGGUGCCUCUCAACAUUGUUGAAGGGAGUAACGCUCUCCUGCGUGUUCACAAUAUGCCAGAGAAACUCUGGUCCUUUUCCUGGUACAAAGGGGUAUUCAUUCUCUACAAACAUGAAAUUUCACGGAAUGUAAUAACCACGAAUAGAAGAAUGCUGGGGCCUGCACACAGUGGGAGAGAGACAGUGUACCCCAAUGGGUCGCUGCUACUACACAAUGCCACCCAGGAGGACACUGGAUUCUACACCCUACGAACAUUAAAUAUGCAGUUUGAAACUCAGGAGACACACGUGCAGCUCCACAUAUACAAGCCUGUGACACAGCCCAUUAUUCAGGCCACCAGCACCACAGUCAGAGUCCAGAGCUCUGUGGUCCUCACUUGUCUCUCAUCCGACACUGGAAUCUCCAUCCAGUGGUUCUUCAAUGACCAGAUUCUGCUCACAGAGAAGAUGACACUGUCUCCGACAAAGUGCCAGCUCACCAUAGAUCCUGUGAGGAUGGAGGAUGCUGGAGAGUAUCGGUGUGAGGUCUCCAACCCAGUCAGUUCGAAGACCAGUUUCCCACUCAGCCUGACUGUUAUGAAUGAGUGA